UUUUUAUUUCUUCGUUCCUUCGCGAUUUGCGAUGCAGCAGCAGCUUCAGAAGUUGUUUCUGCACGAGUAGACACCGCUGCCCGAUCCAGUAACUGUUGUCGAGUCCACAACCCAACUCUCUCUUCUAAAACAGUUAUUCUCCUCUCUCUCUUGUCUACUUCAUAUCCGUCAAGCUUCAGUUACUACCUAUCCACACCAUCGCAUAGAGCCAGAGCAAUACAGUAACUAACCAUGGCGGCAGCAGCAGCAUCUUCGGCACGACGACGUCGCAACUCCAAACUCAUGGAGUUGGAACGCAAUCAUCUAUCCUACAAGCGACGACUGCUCAAGGAUCGAGCAGCCGAAAUCUUUGAUGUCAUGUCGGCCGACGGAGAAUGGCUCGCACAAUCAUCGGAAAUCAAGAAACUAUUGGCCCGAUCACUGCUCAUUAUCGAGCCUGCCAAACUGCAAGAGGAUGCCGUGCAAUUGGUCAUGAACACGGCCCGACAUUCACAGCAACGGGACGGCAUGUCACCGCCGCCUGGCAUGGAAGACGGUGCACUCUGCAAAGAAGCCUUGGUGGAUGCCGUGGAAAAGUAUGGAGAGUACAUUAGAAAAGCCAAGAAGAUUGACAUCAUCUUUCAAAAGUACGACAAGGGCAAGGAUGGGUAUCUGUCCAAAAAGGAGCUCCGAUCCAUGCUGGAGGAUUACGAACGCAAGGCUGGUCGAUCCCGAAAUGGAUUGGUGGUCAAUUUGUACAUUUCUGACGAAGAUUUGGAUUGGAUCAUGGAGCAAAGUGAUGCCGAUGGCAACAACAAGAUUAGCCAUGCCGAGUACCUGCCUGCCAUUGCGGCAUGGGAAGAAUUGGCGGAAAUGAAAUUGGCAGAAACAGCAACUUGUGGUUGUGUCAUUUUGUAGGUGAUCGCUCGCUGCACACACAUGUCAUACAUACAUAUUUUUUGCAUUGAAUGAAGCUCCCAUAGUUGUAGCCUGUCUUCAGCUGUAGUAUUUUAUACUGUCAAUAAUUGCUUGAAUGUUCUAAUUCGAUUGCAUAUCGCGUAUGCAAAACCAAAAGACGAACGGAGGUUCUUCGGAUGAGGCGGAUGGCUACAGCAUUCUUUCGUACCGUACCGGUAUGGGCUACCGUAUGGUAGCCACACCACACUUCUGCGAGAGCUGCAGAAUUCUAGCUGCCUGUAGCCGGUUGGAGCCGCCCCUCUGCCUUGGCUUGCCAUCCGUUCACCGCUCACCAAUAUUUGGCACAUCCAAGCUUCACUGCCAGCAUUCAGAUUCACGCACCGGCUGGGAGCCAGAUUGAACGAUUUGAUGAUUCAAUUUAGUCAAUCAAGCAAUAAAGUACAUAGCAAAAGCUC